AUGGAUGGCGGAUAUUUUAGCGUAUUCCUUUUAUAUUCUCUAGUUUUAUAUUCGGGCAUAGAGGCGGUAAAUCGGGAAUGCCGAUGCCCACCUCUGGUGCUCUCGUCCGCUGACGAGAUUUGCCAUCAAACAAAUUUUUAUCACAUCAACGUCACGCGUGACGGGGUUUUCCUUGUGGAUGUGCUGGUGAACAACAUCACCGGCGAUCCGCGACGAUCGGUCCAGCCGAAUGGGAGACUUAUUUUUACCGACGCCGCGAAGUGCACCGCUCCACGGCCUAGACGGCUUGGGGAAUACAUCAUUACGGGCACAAUUUCCGACUAUUUGCUACAGACGGAUGAGUGCAAUCACCUUAUCAAGCACUAUUCCGAGAAGAAUCUUGCCAAAAUCAGGGACGUGAUGAGCCGAUGCCCGAGGGUCCCGAAACCAUUUCCCGGAAAGUGGGACCCACCGCUGGACUCUGCGGAAAAUCCGGAAUGGCCAAUCCCACCCAAGGAGCCGUGGGCUAGGCCGGAUGGAGCUUUACAACCCGUAGAAAAACACAAAGAGGGCGGCGAUAAAUUUGUAGAGGACGUCGGAAAAUCCACAAAGGCAUCUGAUUUGGCUGAGGCUGAAAAACCUGUAGAAGGCGUCAGAAAGCCUGGAGAUGAUGGAGCCGAUUCGAAAGAUGAGGCCGUAGACCCUGUUGAAGAGGUCGGAACGCCCAGAGAGAAUCAAUCUUCAUCGGUAGAAGACGCUGUAAACCCUAUUGAAGACGUUGAAAAAGCGAAAGAUCAGGCCAACCAUACGCAAGUAGUUGAACAACCUGACGAGGACGCUGACGCAGAUGCAAAAGACGAUUCCGAAAAAGACGAAAAACCUGUGGAAGGCGCCACCGAUUCCCCACCGUUUUCCUUCGCUUCCCUGACAAUCCCCCUAGUGGCAGCUUCCGUGGCUAUUUUUGCUUUUCUCUCGCUUUGCCUCUGUUGGUAUCUUGCCAGAAAGAGAAGACGUGAACGCCAGGCAAUGCAAUGCUUUGGCCAGAGAGAUUUGCUGUUGGUUAAAAAA